AUGUGUGGCAUCCCUUUGUCUCUUUCUGGACGGAUCCGCCCGAGGGGAACCGCCACAUUGUUUCAACUGCCGCCAAUUCGCAUCAUCUUCUCGGCUCAUGGCAUGGUGACCCUGUUUAUGGUGAUCUCCGGCUAUGCCAUCUCCAUCAGCCUCUUGAAAGCCCGGAACACACCCCAGUUCCUCGGACGGGUCUCCUCGGCCAUCGUGCGAAGGGCAUUUCGCAUUUAUCUGCCGGUUCUGGUGACAGCCGGCCUUGCCCAACUUCUCUACUUUUUCGAUCUCUAUCACUGGCCCUUUGAUGAAGGCCUUCUGGACGCCCUUCCCAAGCCUUGGACUGCCCCGUGGGCACACGUCAAAUGGCUUCUCAACUACAUGGCCGAGAGUAUCAACGUCAUCGCCUUUGAGUAUCGCGGUGGUCUGAAUGGCCAGUUGUGGACCAUGCCGCUGGAGUUCAGAGGGUCCAACGUCGUCUAUCUCCUCAUCACCGGCCUUUCCGCGUGGCGGGCGAAGUCAAGACUCUACGUACUCCCAGCCAUCGCGUCCUUCUACCUCUGGUAUGGGAACUGGGACAUCUUCGGCUUCAUCUGGGGGCUCUGGUUGGCCGAGAAGGCAAACGCUGCCUCCUUGGCCUCGGACAACCAUCUCCAUACCGAAUUUGAAUUGGCAGAGUAUGAAGAUGAGGCCCGCUUACGGUUCAGCCUCCCCGAAAGACUAGGCCUGUGCCGCGGUAAGCGACGGUGCGGCCGCAACUCCCAACUACGCUUCAUUCUCUCUCGAAUGGGGAUUGGCCUCGCAUUUGUCAUGGGCUACUAUCUUCUCUGCCUGGGGAACGACGGCCAUCUGCCGCCAGGAUAUCAGUUCCUCUCAGCCCUUCACCCCACCCGCUGGGGAGACAAGUGGGAUAUAUACCAAUGGUGCUGGAAAUCAAUCGGAUCAGCCAUGCUUGUCUAUGCCAUUUCGGAAUUCCAGUGCUUGCAACGACCGCUCAACACGCGGCCUGUCCAGUAUCUGGGUAAGAUCUCGUUCGCGCUGUAUCUGCUCCACGAGACUAUUUAUCAGCUGUGGAGGAAUCCCUUACGAGACUUUAUCUAUUCGACGUUGAGUGGACAAGAUUAUGGGAGCAGUGGUGAGGCGUGGGGUGCUGAUCCGUUCUCGUUCCAUGUCGCCUGGUGGACGACGGGUGUUGUGCUGGGAACGGUGGUAAUGGGUGCUUCACAUUAUUAUACGAUACAUGUGGAUAAUCGGUGUGUGGAAGUGGCCAGGAGGGUGGAUCGGUGGUUUAGUUCUUGA